GUGAAAAACAAAUGAAAUACUGCUUUUUUGAAAAUAAUAGUACCGUUAGCAACGGCUAGUUUUAUUUCUCAUAACGCGGAGCUGCCCUAAACACAGACUAGAGGAGACACUGGACAGAUCUGACCUCUCUCUCUCUCUCUCUCACACCCACACACACAACCUCAGAUACGAAUUACAGAAAUCGAUUGACGGCACAUCUCGCAACUGUAAGAGCAGAUGGAUGAAGAAUCGAUUACGAUGAUGCAAGAGAAGACAGCCAUAGUCCCCAAUCCCCCCAAUCCUCCUCCUCGGAGGCCCAGGGUGAGGGAGGUCAGUUCCAGGUUCAUGUCUCCAAUUGCUUCCUCCUCCUCCUCCCUCUCACCUCUUCCUUCCAAUAAGCAGCGCUCCAACUCCGUGCAGAGGCAGCGCCGCAACCAGGAAGCGGACGCCGACUGCAGCCCGCAGCGGAAACAUCAUCAUCAGCGUGCUGUAAUCAAGCUUUUUAAGGAGAACGAACCAAGAUCCCAGAGUCACAGACCCGAUACCCCCACAAUCAGCAUCAUCAACACGUCCUCUUCUUCUAAAUUACGAAUGAUGCAGCAACGCUCCACCUCCAACAUCAACAUCUCAUCGGCUGCUGCAAAGCUGUUACAAUCCACUGGGAUCUCCAAUUCCACCGAUUCUUCUUCCUCUUCUUCAUCGGAUCAUGACAACAUUAAUCCUAAUACUAAGAAUAACAACAAUGAUGUCAGAAGCUCUCUUCCUGAUCUCCUCCGUGAUACUGAUGCUAGAUUUCUAGCCGAGAGAAAUCUCAACCGGCUUAAUAAUAGUAAUAACCCUUGUGCUUCCCCAUGCUCCCGUUCUCUCAAUUUGCAGCGAUCUAUAAGUAGCUGCGACCCCUCCUUGUUCCAUUCACUCAAAUCUACAAAACUGCCUCCAGUGGCUCCUUGCUCCAAGAUCCCAAAUGAUGCUUCUAGAAAGACAAGGAAAGUUUCUAGUCACCAAGAAGAUGUGCAAUCUCUCAAGCUGCUUCACAACCACUACCUGCAGUGGAGAUAUGUCAACGCAAAAGCACAGGCCUCUGCUCAAGCUCAGAGAAGAGAAACUGAGAGAAACCUGUAUUCCCUUGGUGUCAAGAUAACAGAAUUAUACGACUCAGUGAAAAGAAAACGUGCAGAGCUUGGCCUUCUGCAGAGAUUGAAAAUUCUAUGGACCAUCGUUGAAGCUCAAAUGCCGUAUCUGGAUGAAUGGGCUGCUUUUGAAAUGGAUUAUUCGGUAUCCCUGUCAGAAGCAAUUCAAGCUUUGUUGAAUGCCUCACUUCAAGUUCCUAUCAGUGGAAAUGUUAGAGUUGAUAUUAGAGAGGUAGGGGAGGCACUGAACUCUGCAACAAAAUUAAUGGACACAGUAGCUUUUAACAUUGAAAGCCUUAUGCCAAAGGCUGAAGAAACAGAACAUUUGAUCUCAGAACUAGCUAGGGUGACUGGAGGAGAAAAAGCUCUUAUUGAAGAAUGUGGGGAUCUGUUGUCAAUGACAUAUAAUUCACAGGUAGAGGAAUGCAGCUUACGAGGGCAGCUAAUUCAGUUCUAUCGGAGCCGUCACAAUCAACACCAGGAAGAGCAGCAAUAACUUUGCAAUUGCUUCAAAGUUUCCUUGACGCCGCAUGGAUUAUGUAACGGCCAUUGCAACCUUUGCAUUUACAAUGUGCAUAGAAAGAGUAGUAGUCCUUCCUCUUUUUUGUACGUGCCCCUAGAGUCGGUGCUAUUAAAUUGCAAGUUUGUGACAUCUUAUGACAUGUAUUAUGUAGUCACUGCACAGUUAGUUGAACCACACGGUACAUGACAGAACAGAAGAACCAUCUGGGACAAUUCGGACAUACAUGCAUGCAUAGCAAACUGAUCGUAAUAUACUUGCUCAUUAUAUGGUUCCA